AUGAGCCUUCAGGAGCAAUCCGGGAAGAAGGUUUCCAUUCUCAUUGUCAACGGUUGGUGGUCGUGGAAGGGCGGUCGAUUGAGUCACGCGCGUGUCGUGAGCAGUGCCAGAAAGAUUGCUGAAGGGAGAGCGUCUUGGAGAGGAAGCACCUGCGUGGCGUGCAGGACAAAGCACUGUGUGCAAGCAGGGACACCGCAAGAAUAGGGGUCGAAAAACCCACAGGUCUAGCCUGGUGGAGCUUAGAACCUAUUGGGAUGGCAACAAACAAUCGGGGUCCUCCUCGUGGCCCUGGGGGUCAAGGGGGUCCUGCCGCAGUCAGACCACAGUUGCCGGCCUGGGGCCCAAGGCAACCAGGUAACGUAGUUAGGGGCACAGCACCGCCCGCUGGUGCUCCUCAAGCUGUGCAGCCGGCACAGAUACAGGGAGCUGCACCCCCUCCCCAGCCACCUCCUCAAGCACAGGGACAAAUGCAAGUACAGGCCGCUGCAGGGAGCAAUGGGGCUCAAGACUGGAAGCAGCAACUGAAGCUCCCCCCUGCAGAUACCCGCUUCAGAACAGAGGAUGUCACCAAUACCAAAGGGAACGAGUUUGAAGACUAUUUCCUGAAGAGAGAGCUGCUGAUGGGAAUCUAUGAGAAAGGCUUCGAGAGACCUUCACCCAUCCAAGAAGAGAGCAUUCCAAUCGCGCUUACAGGCCGCGAUAUUCUUGCUAGAGCCAAGAAUGGCACGGGAAAGACAGCCGCCUUCUGCAUCCCCGCUCUUGAGAAAGUGGAUACGAGCAAGAAUGCCAUUCAAGUUCUGCUGCUGGUGCCGACUCGCGAGCUAGCUUUGCAGACUUCUCAAGUUUGCAAGGAGCUCUCGAAGCAUAUGGGCAUCCAAAUCAUGGUGACAACUGGAGGGACUAGCCUGAAGGACGACAUCAUGCGUCUCUACAAUCCAGUCCACGUGUUGGUAGGGACUCCUGGUCGUAUCCUCGACCUUACAAAUAAGGGGGUGUGCAAGCUGAACAACUGCACGAUGCUAGUCAUGGACGAGGCGGACAAGUUGCUGUCCCCGGAGUUCCAGCCCCUGUGUGAGCAGCUCAUUGGGUACACGCCGGAGCAGCGCCAGAUUCUGCUGUACUCUGCGACCUUCCCCGUGACCGUCAAGUCCUUCAAAGACAAGUUCCUGAGGAAGCCGUACGUCAUCAACCUGAUGGACGAGCUCACGCUCAAGGGUAUCACUCAGUACUAUGCUUUUGUGGAGGAGAGGCAGAAGGUGCACUGCCUCAAUACGCUCUUCUCAAAGUUGCAAAUCAACCAGUCAAUCAUCUUCUGCAACUCUGUCAACCGGGUGGAGCUCCUUGCGAAGAAGAUUACCGAGCUGGGUUACUCGUGCUUCUACAUCCACGCCAAGAUGCUGCAGUCUCAUCGCAACCGUGUCUUCCAUGAUUUCCGGAACGGAGCCUGCCGGAACCUCGUGUCGUCAGACCUCUUCACCAGGGGUAUCGACAUCCAAGCUGUCAAUGUGGUCAUCAACUUCGACUUCCCCAAGAACUCUGAGACGUAUCUCCACAGGGUGGGCCGGUCAGGAAGAUUCGGUCACCUAGGCCUGGCAGUGAACCUGAUUACGUAUGAGGAUCGUUUCAACUUGUAUCGCAUUGAGCAGGAGUUGGGCACAGAGAUCAAGCCCAUUCCUCCUCAGAUCGACCGGGCAAUCUACUGUCGAUAA